CUUUAUUCAACUUUCCUUCUUUCCGUUGUUUCACUUUUUCAAAAAAAAAAAUCAAAGAAAGCCGAAACGGUUUGAAACCAUUUUCACUUUCCUUCACUUUUUUCUUUGUUGCUUUCGUUUUCUUCUUCCUUUUCUCCUUUCAGCACUUCUUUUUUCACUUUUUCGCUGAAUUCACCAUUCAAUAACAUCAUCGACCUGGAACGACACAGCGAGCAGUGCUUUGUCGUUGCAGUGAUCCAAAAGAAACCGUCAACCAUCCCAGCUCCGUACAACGAGGCCAAACAGAACUUACCGAUGGAGAACGAAGCACCACAGCAACAGCAGCAGCAACCACAAGAACCAGCACAGCCUGUGCUGGCACUGGACUUGUCCAUCUGCGACUUUGCAGCGGACGAGGCGGCGGCCGCGUCGGGCGACAUGGACUUCAUGUGGGACUGCGAUGCGCCAGGCUUCACCGACUUUACAAGCGAGCAGGAGGCUGCUGCGGACGGCGCCGACAGUUGGUUUGACAAGCUGACUGCUGCCAACGCCGAAGCAGGCGGCCGGCCCAAGACAAGCUCUGCACACAAGCGCUCAGCUGCGCCCCGCUCAUUCAUUGAAAACGGGCGCGGAACAGCGGCAAACGAAGCCUCCAUCGAAUCGUCGCCGUUGGCUGACGUGCCUGCCAUCCCAUCUACCACUACUGCCACUACCACGACAGCUGCGACUGCACGAGGUGUUCUCAACGCACAACUGGUGCCAAUGCACUUGCGUCAACUGGCUACAGAACCCAUGAUGGUGGAUGCAUCGCUUCCGCCUGCGACUCCUGCCGCACGUCGUGGUGCUCCGGGUUUGCCCCCUGGCUCCGUCCGUGCAGCUGCAGCGUCCCACCAGCCGAUCGUGCAGUCCACCCCGAGUUAUGCCAGACCGUUGACACGACCGCAGCAACCUGGCACUGCUGCUGCUGCUGCUGCUGGACAAUCGCGCAUUGCCCAGUACCCUCGCCCAACUGUGAACGCCCCGGCUUCGACCAUCCGAAAUCCAACGAUCGCAACAAGCAGCGCUCGACCUCUGCUCACCGUCCCAAUCACCCCUUCCUUUGGCCGUCCGCGAGGAGCACCCGCCGCCGCCGCUGCUCCUGCUGCAACUCCCGCUUACGCUCGUCAACAGACUACUGCUCACAACCAAGCUCGCGGCCUCUUCCCACCCUCCACUCCUGCAUCCAACAACAACAGCAACGGGAGAAGCCAGUACCCGAGCGCAACGCCUGCCUCUGUGCGUCGAGCCAGGCUCCAGACCGAGCCACACAUCACCGUACCCAUCACGCCCGAGUUUGUGCGACGCGAGCGCGCCCGAGUGUCUGCUCGCCAGGGGCUGUCGUCUGAGGAUUUGGAGCUGCAACGAAUUAUGAGGGAGCGCGAGGAACUUCAGCGCGCCCGGCAGGCUUCGCGCUCUGCGCUCACUCGCUCUCUGAAUGGGCUUUCGAGCUACAUGCCCGUUCGCUCCACUGUCCCGCUCACAGAGCCGCAAGAGUUCCAGUUCUCCACCUCAACUCGUUCUCGAUCCCGGAGCUCGAGCGUGUCUUCCUCUUCCUCCGCCAACACAUCUGUGAUGGAAGAUUCUGUCGCCACCACAGUGCGCGGAAUGAACAGGUCGCGCUCUGGCAGCGUCUCCUCCGCUACAGGCGCUGGUGCGAUGACCAGCCUGCCUCGGUUUGCCAUGCCCACUGCCAGCGUUGCUGCUCGCAACGGCAACUCGAGUGCCCCGGCCCGCGCGCCGUCUGCGGCUCCCGCGUCUUCUCGCGUCACACAGCCAGUGCCGUUCCAGUUUGCCUCUUCUUCCCGCGGUACCCGUGCCAGCGAUUUGACUACGAUUCCUCAGCAAAACCACGCUGCCGCUCGUCCCUCCAAUCCGCAAGUUCGAUCGGUCCAGCGCCGCGAACUGACCGUGCCCAUCUCGCCAAAGCUCUCCAAGAGUCAUCGCUCUCGUCGUGAGCCAGCCUUGUCGUCAGAGGAGCGCCAAUUGCAGGAGAUUGAAGCAGCGCGGGAGAAGAUGCGAGCUCGUGCGACAAGUGCACCGACGCAUGCAUCCACCUCGAGUCGCCAAGUUGCUGUUGUUCGUCGCGAGCUCACAGUCCCUCAGUCUCCCAUGCUUUCCACGCGCUUCCGCAACACUGAUCGCCAACGGAAUGUGCCAGCCGAGUCUGAAUCCCAUCGCCUACCAGCGCCUGUUCCCGCUAUUCGUCGCCAACAAGCGCCAGCUGUCAGUCGGCCAGUCGAACGCAGCGAGCCACGCAUCACCGUGCCGCAGUCACCCAUGUUUGCUUCGCGAGCGUUGCAAAUGGCCCGCCAGCAGCGACAGGAAAGCACGGCUACCUCUGCACCGAUACCCGCAUCGGUCUCCCGCAGGACGUCUGCUCGCCCCAGCAUGCCGCGAUCUGCCUUUUCCAGGGCGAUUCAAGAAGCAGCGGCAGCAGCAGCAUCAGCGCCAGUUGAAUCCGACAUGCCCACCGUCGAUCACGCCGAACCGGAAGAGGAGCAGGCUGCCUGCCGCGCUGAUUGCAGUUUCGAGGGCGAAGAUGCCGAGCUGAGCAGGCUGCCUCAAACGCCGCUGUCAACGGGCUUGAGCUGCACCUCACGGCCAGACCUCGAAGAGAAUGGCUGGCAAGAGCGUCUGGCGACCCAGCGACACGACCGAAUUCCCUUCAGCGUUGUCGCUUCGAACGCGUCCAUUGUCGUUCCGUUCCCGUCAACGAAAUCCCCUUUUCUUAGUCGCAGCAACUCCCUCUGCGUGCAAUCAGAACUGAACGACGUGUCCGCGUUGCAAGGCGAGAUGGCGGAUGACGACGAUGACAGUGUUGUGCGUCCCUCUGCCCAACGUCCCUCCGCCCAACACUGGGACCAAGUUGUGUGCUAAAAGCAAAAUGUUGAUAAAUGUGCGAUUUUUUCCAUGGUGCAUCCGUUUUAUGUGUGUGUUGAUCCCAAGCCGAUUUCUUUGUUAGUAAAUGUGUUGAAGACUGAA